AUGUCUUCCUUCCAGCUCAUCAACCCAUCCGACGUGCCCCCUCCACGCCCAACAUACUCACACGUCCAAUGCACGCCCCUCUCCGCCACAAGCACACUAGUCACCAUCGCAGGGCAGAUCGGCGUCGACAUUUCCACGGGCACUGCACCAGAGGACUUCAUCGCCCAGGUCGAGAUCGCGCUGUCGAAUCUGGGCAAGUGCCUCGCCGCCGCAGGGGCCACUCCCAAGGACAUCGUCAAGAUGACGCAGUUCGUCGUCAACUUGGAGACCACCGACAACGCGGCGCGGUCAGAGGCAUAUUGCAAGUUUCUCGGGGGCCAUCGGCCGCCGAGCACGCUGGUGGGCGUCGCGGCGCUGGCGGCGCCGAAUUGGUUGUAUGAGGUCGAGGCGAUGGCCAUUGUACAUCACAAGUGA